AUGAAGGGAAGGUGCGUCCAUAAUGAAAUGUGCGAGGGUGGACAGGCUUUGAAUAAGAUUAAUGGAGCUAUUAGCUUGACCUGCAAUGAGGGGGUCUUGAGUCAAAUUCCUUAUGGAACCACUGAAAUUGUCCUUGUUCGUCAUGGGGAGACCAAUUGGAAUGCUGCUGGAAGGAUUCAGGGACAACUUGAAUCAGAGUUGAAUGAAGUGGGGCAAAAACAAGCAGUUGCAAUAGCAGAGAGAUUAGCCAAAGAAUUGAAGCCAACAAUUGUUUACUCGUCUGAUCUCAAGCGAGCCAGAGAUACUGCUGACUUGAUUGCCAAGAAGUGCUUCUGCCCCGAGGUUAUUGUGGUACCCGAGCUGAAGGAGAGGCAUGUAGGAAGCAUACAAGGGUUGUUUUGGAAUGAAGGAAAAGAGAAGGAACCUGAAGCUUAUGAUGCAUUUUUCUCUCCCCAAAAUGAUCUUGAAAUUGCUGGAGGAGGGGAGAGCUUUAAUCAGCUCUGUGAUAGGUCUUUUGCCGCUCUUGAGAAAAUUGCAUCAAAACAUAAUGGAGAACGGGUGAUUGUGGUGACACAUGGAGGAGUGCUGAGAGCAAUUUACAUGCGAAUCACAGAGGAAUCGUCAUGUGGGAAACUCCUAAAUGCAUCUGUCAAUGUUGUUCAUGUCUCGGACAAGAAGUGGGAGGUGAAGUCAUGGAGUGAUGUUGCACAUCUUAGUGAUGUUGGAUUCCUCGAGCGUGGUUUCAAUGGAGACUCCAUCCACCUCUCUAAAUGA